CGGAUCAAGUGGCCGCGGGCACUGUGCCGAAUAAAUCUCCCGAUCGAGAGAGCGCCCGAGAUCCCUUCCCUCCUCCAGAGUCCAGACCCCACUCUUCCCGCCCGCGCACGCGCAGUUGGUGCGUCAUGUCCGUGGCUGCCUGCCUCUGCCUGCCUUCCUUCCUCCUUGGCCUGCUGGCCUAGCUUCCCCUUCACCCCAAAGGCACCAACCAGUGGUGGUGGUGGUGGUGGUGGCAGCAGCAGCAGCCCCAGCCGGCAGGAGGAGGACCUGCGCAUCAUCGGGAGCCCGGGAAUCUAGAGGGUGAGAGUGGGCGAGGAACGAAAAGCCGCGGCAGAUAGAGAGACUUGCUCUGGACAAAAGCGAGAGCGACUGCCGCGGGAGCAGGAGGAGGAGAGAGGCCGGGACCAUCGCUUGGUGCCUCCUUCAAGUUCUUGGGGGGCUGACUGCGAUCAUGAGCUCUCGGCGAGUGAGGAGCAGCUAGUAGGGCCCUGACGAGCCUCCGACAGCGCUGAGGCCCAGAGAGAGCCGCGCUGCCCCUGGGGUCGGUCGUCGAGAGAGAAAGAGAGAUAGAGAGAGGGGAACAGAGAGUGAUUGGGAAAGAGAUCGAUGAAGAUGAGCUUCAACAAGAGCAGCGGCAGCAGGGGCUGGGGGCAGGGAGCGGCUGCAGGAGGAGGAGGAGACGAGCUGGUGCUGCGAGGCUCCAUCUCCAAGAAGUGGACCUUCCUCCUCUGCUUCGGCAGCUUCUGCAUCGGCCUGCUCUUCACCAACAGGAUGUGGACGGUGCCGGAGCCGAAGGAGAUCAUCAGAAGGUCGACGUUGGAGGUGGAGAAGAUGAGCCUUGUCGACGGCGACUGCGCUCCGAAAAGCGCCGGCGAUGCAAGAGACGUUCCCGGAGAGGUUCCAAGAACUCAAGAUGUCAUCCAGACGCUGGACAGGACGAUCUCGAACCUGGAGAUGGAGCUAGCGUCCGCGAAGGCGACGCAGGAGUCCAUGCUCCACGGCGCCGCCGGCGCCCCGGUGCCCGAGCCCACGGGGAAGCGGAAGCACUUCAUGGUCGUCGGCGUAAACACCGCGUUCAGCAGCCGGAAGAGGAGAGACUCGGUCCGCGCGACAUGGAUGCCUCAAGGCGAGAAGAGGAGGACGAUGGAGGAAGAGAAGGGCAUCGUCAUUCGGUUCGUCAUCGGCCACAGCGCGACUCCCGGCGGCAUACUUGACCGAGCGAUCGACGCGGAGGACAGGAAGCACGGGGACUUCAUGAGGCUGGACCACGUGGAAGGGUACCUGGAGCUGGCGGCGAAGACCAAGGCGUACUUCGUGGCGGCCGUGUCCACGUGGGACGCGGAGUACUACGUCAAGGUAGACGACGACGUGCAUGUGAACAUAGCGACUCUUGGAAACACGCUGGCGAGGCACCGCUCCAAGCCGCGAGCUUACGUUGGCUGCAUGAAAUCUGGCCCCGUGCUAGCCCAGAAGGGCGUGAGGUACCACGAGCCUGAGUACUGGAAAUUCGGCGAGUGGGGGAACAGGUACUUCCGCCACGCCUCCGGUCAGCUGUACGCCAUCUCCAAGGACCUGGCCUCCUACAUAGCACUCAACCAGCAUGUCCUGCACAAAUACGCUAACGAAGACGUGUCCCUGGGAUCCUGGUUCAUCGGACUGGACGUCGAGCACGUCGACGACCGCCGCCUUUGCUGCGGCACGCCACCAGAUUGCGAGUGGAAGGCGCAGGCGGGGAACGCGUGCGUCGCCUCCUUCGACUGGAGCUGCAGCGGCAUCUGCAAAUCCGCUGACCGGAUCAAGGAGGUCCAUCAGCGCUGCGGCGAGAGCGAGAACGCGAUUUGGAAUGCAGAGUUUUAGGCCCCAGAUAAAUCGCACGCUUUUUUACAAGGAAAGCACGUACAUACAUACGUACGUAUACAAGGGGACAACAAAAAAAACAGGGCUCAACAGUGUGUGCCUGGCUGCCACCGAAGGCUCACUCUGCUUUGCAAGUGCAGGACCAGACUGAAGGGCUUCAGAUCGAGAGGGGCAAUGUACACCCAAGUGUACAUGCGUUAUGGUAGACACAAGGGGUGUAUGUUUUUUUUUUGGGGGGGGAGGGGGGGUGUUUUUGGAUUAGGAAUUGGAUUAUUGUAAGGGGAUUUUUUCUUUUUCUAUUUUGGUGCUCGAAAAGAUCCCACGUUUUUUUUACUGAUAUAAAGACAAGCUAGGAGAGGAUCAUGAUGAGGAAGAGAGAGAGUGAAAGGAGUGGGAGACUGGGCAUCUCCCCCCACCAUUCUUGGCGAGAUCCUCAUCGAUGUUACUGGUUGGUUUCAAAUAACAUACUGUAAUAAAUUUCUUCUCCAAAGUAACUGAAUUGUCAGCGUUCUUCUUUUUUUUUCAAA